AACAGACAAGUCAAACAUCCCAGGAGAGGUAAGGUUACUUCACCAGGAGACGCGUGUAAAAUGCGUGAGAACGAUUUGCAAGAAUGGAAACGGGGCACUGACUUUCAGAUUGCCGGGGCAGAGAGUAACACUGGGGACACGCAACUGGCCCGCGAUGAAUCAGUUACAGCUGAUCGAUUAAAUCCUAGAGCGGCAUUUUGGAGGCAUGACGUAUAUUCUCGGAUAAUCAGCGACACUGCUGUUCGAAAACUUGACGAAGCUAUUGUUUACCACCAAAGUAACAAAAUUGUCAGUGCGCGAGAAAGUGUAAAAGAUCUUUUCAAAAUACUGUCCAUAAAUCAAGCUCAUUGUUUUGAGACUCCGACAAAGUAUGGCUUGCAAAUACUGAACCGAGGAAGACAACUCUUUCUGGAGGAAGGCGUGAGUUGCUCAAUAAAACACGGAACUUUACUCUUAGAUUCAAGUACAAGUGGAGCACAGUUUUACGCUGGAUUGCUAAACGUCCUGGCUGCAUUUUCAUUGUUAAUUUCCGAAUUUGAAAUUGUGCAAAGAACAUUUGACUUGCUGCUCCAACUACAUCUCCAAUCAAACACAACUAGUCGUUUACAAGACCUUGGUGCUGCCUAUAACAACAAGGGGUGUGUUCAUCUGAUUAUGGGCGAUUUUCAAGAGGCAGAACAAGCGUUUAAAACCUCCCUUGAAAACUUUUGUCUCUCGGAAAGCUUUCUAGCUGAAACAAAAGUUUUUGCUGUAAAUAGCAACAUCAGCCGCUUAAAUCUAAUUUCUAGAAAUUAUUCUCAAGCCCUUGACCAACAAGAGAAAUUGGUAAAGAUUUGCCAAGCCACAGAAAUGAAGGGUAUGCCAUAUCCAUUUGAAGUGGUAUUUACGGUAAUGAAUAAUCAAGCGGUGUUGCAUACUACCCUCAACGCCUUCAAUGAAGCAGAAAAUGCAUUGAGGUGGCUGAUUUCCUAUUGCAAAGACGUGGAUAAGCAAGACUCUCUGUAUCUGGUCACUUUCCUUCGUUUGCAUCUUUCUGUAGUUCUGCUCCUUCACGGAAAACCAGAGGACGCUGAUGAAGUGUUUAGCAUUGAAACCUUGAAUUCACUUGAAGAUGUUGUCGACAGAUUUGGAAACCUUUACAUGAACGUGAGAAUCGAGGCUCUUGAGAAGUUAUUAACAGUCUACAUCUGUAAAGGGAAGAUCAAAACUGCAUUGGAGCUCUUGCAGACAACUGUGAAAAUUCUUAAAACUGUGUUUGGAGAAGAUCAUUUCAACGUUGCCUCCCUGUUGUAUAAACAAGGCAAACUUUUGAGUAUCAUUGGAGAAUUCCGUAGCGCCGCUGAAAAGUUUGAAAGUUCUAGUAACAUUCUGCAACAAAUCUUCGGCGUUAAAAAUCCUCUCCUUCUCAAGUGCUACCUAUAUCUUGGUGAUGUUACAUCGAUACUAGGUCGAAAAGAAGAAUCUUACGUGUACUACCAGAGAGCCACUGAGACCAUAGAGGCUAUUUUCCAAGUGUCAUUUGUGGAGGAAUUGUCAAUUAAGUACAUGGAAGUUAUUCAGGGUUACCAAACAUUUCAAAGACAGAGAGUGACAGAGCAUGGAAUUGAAGGUUUGGUCGCUGAGUAUGGAUAUGUUUUGGCCACACUGUUAAACCACGAGUGUAACCGUCACCUGAGGAAAUGCAGAGCUGAUGAGGAAACGGUCACCGUGAUGAAAACAGCACGUCCCUGUUCAAGGUCGACCCUCUCUUUGAAAUAUUCUUUAGAUUUUCUUCAGAGUGGACGAAAGCUUCUCCGCCAUGGAAUGAUAGAGGAAGCCGUCGUCUUUUUCCAACAAGCAGACAUGCAUUGUGGAGCACAUGUAAUCAAAGGCCACCCAGAUGUGAGUGUUUUACGCCUCCACAACAUAUUCCUUCGGAGGAAACUAAAUAUUCAUGACACAUUAGAGCCAGAUCAUAACUUGAAAAACUUUUUGAAAGCCCUAGGCAAAGCCGUGGAAGAAAGAAAUUCUAAGAGUACCGUCGAAGAAACCUCUGGAGUUGCGCAAAUGAUGGAGUUUGACCAUAAACAAGACUUGAAGCCUGUAAUAAUUUCUCUUUUGUUGUUUUGCAUCGAACUAAAAAUGAUCGAGACGACCUUUGAAGCAUAUGACCUAUAUUGCAAACUUUUUCAAAACGAAACGGACUCCCCAUUGUUGCUCCUUGAUGGGAUUCAGGUUUAUGCUUCAAGAACUGUAGUCACCUGUAAUGGGAAAACAGCUUUACAAGAUAUCCUCAUUUCCUCUGAAAUUGGUCAGAAAGAUAGUGACUUGGAAGGCGAUUCCGCUGAGAAACGGCUGUUCCGCAGCCUGGCGUGCAUGGAAAAUGCACCCAGAAAUGCUUUUCUGGUGGCUAGCAAAUCACCAGUCUUUCUAGAUAUCGAUUACCUUCAUGCUCUAAAGGAAAAGAUCUCACUUGCGGUACAAGAGUGCUUUCAAAGAACGUGCUUUGAAGCUGAAGACAAAAGCCGCGCAACGCAGGUCAUUGUGGAUCUGACUCCAUCAGUGACAUGUGGCCUUCAAGACAUCUUGUCUACGGGAAGUCGAAUCAAUUUGUUGCCUCUUUGUUUAUCAGGACUUCCAAGCAAUGGUAUACCCCAGAAAGAGACGAUCUUUGAGAUAGAAACAUCGAUGCGUCAGAAGAUUACACGGAUGAACUUUUACGAUGAGCAAACAAGCUGUUUCAUGUUCAAAAAAGUUGCUCUGCAACUUCUUCAGCAAAGUGACCCAGGAAGAAUCUCAUCCAUAGCGCUACCAAGUCAGAGCUUUACUUUGACAGUUCUCCAUCCGACAAAGGCAAGGCUCAUUAUUUUACGCAGUGAAAAAUUGAUCACACAAAAGAUCCAGUUCGUAACAACAAGAACAACACUUACCGGCGUGGUAGACUCGAAUAGCGCAUUACAGGCUAGCGUACCUGAUGCACUCUCGUGGACAGAAAUUCGUCAGACGGUAGAGAAGUAUAGAGUGCCCUGCCGAGAAAAAACUUCAUCGGAGGUUUCUCUGGAUCAGUCAGUCACACUCUGUGAAACCAAUCGCCCCUCGAAUCAUGGGUGGAAAUGGGCUCAUGGGUGGUCUCAAGUCUGUAAAAGAGAAACUGUGAGUAAAUUUAUUUUACACCGAGAUAUUUAUUGUUUUAGGCUUGCUCUAUGUGACUUUGUGACAACCGGUGUAAAACAACGCCUUUGUGGUCGGUGUUGGACUCACAUGUGGUUAUUUCAGAGCAGUCUCCUUUCGUCUUCAUGGUGUUGUUGAUUUUCUCUUUAUUUUUGCAAAAGAUUGCGUUACCCCAAAUUUUCUUUACAGUUUGAUGAUUGCCAAUAUGUUUAGGGUUGCCUCGGUUGUUGGUCCAGGUUCCUCCUUUAUCCUCCUUUAAACGUCUGGUUUCUUUUGCCGGUUUCUUACAUUCUCCUAACGGUUUGAUGAUUGCCAAUAUAUUUAGGGUUGUCUCAGUUAUCGGUCGAUGUUCCUCUUUUAUCCUCCUUUCAAUGUCUCGUUCUUUUGCCGGUUUCGGCUACAUUCAAAAAUGUAAUUUUCUACCAUCAUUUCGGAAACUCUUUGCGGAUAACUGAUUCAAACUGCAAUGGUAAUUCAAGGAUUUUAAGCAAGAACUUCAAACACUAGGAAACCGGAAAAGCCGGGAUUUUGCGCUUGUGUAAGGGUCGCUAUGGAGAUGCAAUACAAUCGAAUUAAAAAGACUGAUAGGACUCUGCAGUGAAAUUCACGACGAAUUAUCUUUGUACGAGAGAUAAUCAUAUUUCCCAAAGAUAUUUUAGAUCCAAAGUUGGUCGAUUGGAUAAUUGCAAAAGUAAUUAAAAUAGACUGCAAAACAGCGCCUUGGCGCCAGUCAAGCUCAAUGAAUUGGAACAUACUCCAAGGCUGGUGCAUCUCAGUGAAGCAGAUAUGAUACGAAACAACGAAGGGGCAGAUACUGUCGAUGAAGGAAAGAGUUGAAUGGUUAUCUCUCUUUCUGAAACGCCAGAGGCGAGCUACUGAAGAGAGCAUACACUUCCACAGCAUUUAUGCCUCCCUUCGCUCUCACAGCUGUUGUACUUCGUACAGCAGCUCUGCCGUUGAAAUAUCUCAGGAAAUUUCCAAUUUUUCCACUGCACUGCACACUGAUUUUCGGAACUCAUGACAGAACGACAAAUCAAAGUUUAUCAGCUUUCCAUGUUCUAAGAUCCGCAAAGUAAUCUGCCAAUUUCUUCUUGUUUGUUUUGUCUCUUACGAAGUAGGUAUGUCUACUUAAAUCCUUCGACAGGCUCAAUACAUUUCCAUCCCAAACUCUGGCACUGGCUCGCGAGGUUUUUCUAUGACGUUUAAUACAAGAGAAACAUAAGACUGGGAAUCGACCCUAGUCAACAAAUUAAUUAUUUGGCGGGCACCGAGACUCCUUUUAGCGGAAUAUUUUCUCCUCUAACGCUUCAGUUACUUGCUCUGUGGUAAACGUUGCCUACGUUCUCUCAACGCCUUCAUCCAUGAUUUCGAUUACAUUGAAAGUUUACAACUACUUUCCAGGGCUCUCCUUGCUGCGUUGAAAUUGAUUUACGCCUUCUUGGAUACGCAUUCUCUAUAAUUUUUGUUUGCUAUUCUGGAAAGAAGGGCAAACCAAACCUGCCUGAGAAUUAUAAGCCUAUUAGAAGACUGAUCAACAUAAAAUUAUGGCUUUUGUGAGACCAAAGAUUGCUGAAGUUUACUCAAACAACAUCAGCUGAUAUUACGAGAGGCUGCCUUCGUAAAAUUGAGGUGAAGCCAUUGAUAAAGUGGUACCUACUUCAUUUCCAGUUGUACGACCGGACGGAGCCUUAUCUUAAACUUACGUAGUGUUUAAUGCAUCCGUAAUAUACAGUGUGGGGGAGUCUACUUUUAAAAAUGAGGUCAUUUACUUAGCACCAAAAUCACUUACUGGUGUUGUUGAGGCGUAUUGGAGAAUUAAAGUUUAUCCAAGAACGGACUGGUUUAGUGGUUUCUAUGUUUUCUCCAUUAAUUUGUUGCAUUGUUGAAAUUUUUUAUUCCUUUCAUUUACAUGCAUCGAAAUUGUUUCCGAAAAACCCAAAUGGGAGAAACUGAUAAAAAGAUCCCGCAUACUGAGUGACCUUUGGUUUGUUUACUCUUUUUUAAAACGACUUUCUACCUAAAAACUUCAUACUUUUGCGUUUAAGAUCGGCCAAAACAAAAACAAGAUUGAUAUUAUGAAAAGUAUAAAGGAACCAUUGCGUAGAUUUCACAAGGUACCGCCCCCGAAAGAACAACCUGCCUUCCACAUAAGUUAACUGAUUAUAAAUUCAGUGAAGAUGAUGAAAAGUACAGGUUGUUUACACCCUAAGUCACCUUUCAGAAAGAGAUGUUGAACAUGAUAAAUUAUCAAUUAAGAAUUACUUUCUUGAUCGGGAGUUUGACAUAACAUAAAUCUAAAAACGAGCCUGAAAAGAACCGAAAGUAUAAGAAGGAGUUUCCAGGAAAUUCCUGUGCGAGACCAACUUUUUCCCGAUCAAAUCACUCUCUUAUUUAGCAAGCACCGCGAGGUAAUUGAAAUAUUUCAAGGCAAAUUCCAAUUACGGUAGAAACUGAACAUCUACUUUCAUGUCAAAUUCGCGAUAGGAGAAUAUGCCAUAAUCACUAACAGCUUAAUACGAACCUUUUUGGAGUUAAAUGGACUCUUUUCUCCUAGAAAGAAAAAUGACAAUAAUUCUACUAACAAAGUAAGGCCGCCAUCGAAAUAGGAAAUAUCAACUGUGUACAAUAUUUUUUUAAUUGAAUGGCUUGUGCUAAUAUGCUAUUUCCUUUCAUAUUCCCAACACUUUAAAAAGUUGAAAACACAUGAAAAGAAAAUGCUCACUGGAUGCCAAUUUUGUCUUAUAACAAUAUGCAUAUUAAAAGCACUUCUCACAAAUAGAGACCUCAAGUAGAAACUCAUUAUAAGGAAAAGGAAUCCUCAAAAUCGCAAAUGGAAUUGUGCAGGUGGUAAGUAAGUAAGGCACUUGGAAGGCAAUACAUCAAAAUUAUUGCAGAAAUCACAGACUGAAAUUAAUCAUAUUUCCGUCCUUUGUAUAAAGCUGUAUUUAAAGAGUUUUAAUUUUCAAAUUAGAAUGUACAAGUUGAAGAAAUCUGAGAAAAUUGAAGCCGAGAAAAAUUGUGAAGUAUGGCUCCGUAGCUUAGUUGGUAGAAGCGUCCGACCGGGAGGCACGGGUUCGAGUCCCGUCGGAGCCUUUAUGACUCAGUUUUUUCAGGCUUCGCCUUUAAGUUCAAAUUCAUUAUUGACAUUAUAUCGCACGGCUUAUAAUCAACAACAGGUCAAAAUAUGAGUUAUAUUUCAGCUGUUAUUUCUAUCGUAAAGUUUUCGAUAGAUAAUGUAUGAAUAUUCUUAAACUAGAAGUCACAUGUUGAUUAGAAAAACUUCCUAAUUGGGUACAUUUUGUCAAGAAGAGUAAAAUUGAGCCUCACCUAUUGACUCAAACGUAUUCUUAAUUGAGCUGACUUAAAAUAAUGGAAUUAUGGAAGGUCAUACUUAAACUCUUCAUACUCACUCUAACGAACACCGAAGAGACAAAAACUGCAAUGCUUACAUCAUCUAAUGACUAGACAACGCUGUUGUUGAUGAUCAACAGGAAUACAAGCGAUAAAAAUUUGAUUUCAAUCACACGCAUACAUCUUCAUAUUUACCUCCUCACAGUGUUUUGUUAUAUACAAAAAACAAUAAAUAUUUACCAUGCAAAAAUAAUUUAUUUCAGGGUGAUACAUCUGAAUUGGAAGACAGACAAGAACAAACAAGGGAGAAAGUUCUAGAGUGUCUCAUGACUGUCAGCCAGAUUUUACGACUGCUCUGCAGCAAGAGGAGUCCAGUACCUGCCGAUGACAUCUAUUUGGCGCAUCCUAAUCAAUGUCAUAAUGCUUAUGGCGGUCCAGAAGACCAGGAAUACAUUUCCACGGAGGACGAUGUAAGUUUGGUGGAUCUGGGUGACGAUGACACAAGAUGUUUAGUUGCUUCCUCUCAAAAUCAAAAAGACCAGGAAAAUACUUCACUUCAGUAUCUGACAGAGAGUUCAGAAGGAAGUGAUGAUAACGAGGGUCUUACAUUGAACGCUUAUGAUUGUCCCACUGUUGAGGGUAGUGCGUUCAACCGUGAGGAAGAAUCCAUGCACAGAGCAGAUCUUUGUGAGAUAUUGGAGGGGAAACGUCUAUUUGAAGAAGAUAGAAAGUUAAGGCGCUCUUUUGUGACUGACCUACAAGAAAGGGCGAGGAAAAAGCAACUGAAUUCCGAAAAAGGCGAUUCAAUUCAAUCACACAGAGCAUUAGUAAAUUAUGUCUCAAAAUUGCAGUCAAGCCAAAAUGGUAGCAAUUGUAGUAAUUUGGAGGUUCCGCAUCAAAACCUAGAGGCCCAAGCACCAAGCGAAAUCCCCACUUUUAGGAAUUUCCGCACUCAUGAAAAUGCCCAAAGAAUUAGUUCACAUGAAGACAGCACAGCAAAGGAAGAAGACAAACUGAUGAGAAUACAUCAACUACCACAAGGUCCAGCCCUAAACAACGUAAAAGAUCGUAACGAUUUAGACAUGGAGCCUAAAUGUGAGCUUCCAGAGGAUGUAAGUAGUAGAUUGCCUAAAACAACGCUGGUUAAAGAAUACCGCUUCACAGCCUUUAAUGAAAGCGACAGCUCUAGCAUUUUGGAAAGAGGGACGUACACUAAGAACGUCGAGACGACGAGAAACGAUGUUUGUUCAAGUGAGCAAAACGCUAUCAAAACCAACAGGGAGACCACACCUAACCAAGAGGUACAAGGCACUAUAGGAGUUGAUCAAGAAGAUCAAGAGGGGCAAAGACAAACGAAGCCCACCGGAAAUAAAUUUAUAAGUAGAAAACAGCACCAUGAGGAAGAAAGUGAACGAAAUGAGGUGGAAAUCAGAGAAAAUAGAGGCAAUACACCGGAAAAGCAAGAGACUCCUUGUGUCGAUUAUGACGACAAGGCCACAGAGAAAACACUUGGGCCACUUGCCGGAGACGUUUUACCAGAUGAAUCCAUGGACAAAGAUGCUAGUGCAACCCAAAAGAACGUGGUGGAUCUUUUAAGAGAGACGGGUGCUGUGGAUGGGCUAAACCUAAAAGUGGAAAAUGGAAUACAUUCUGUGAAAAAAAGAGAACCAACCUAUCCUUACGGACAGGUACAUUCCAAGUCAAGAGCCACCAUCUCAAACCGCAAUAAACGUACCACCAGGCUCUUGUGUCAAGGGGGUGAUGUUGCCGACGGCGAAAGCCAUGAGGAUCUUAACAAAAACACUAUUGCUGUUGAUGGAUCAGCACUCGCAAAAAGUCAUCUCAAGGAUAGUCAUGCCUUUCUUGAAAGUGGGCUGGAAAUCAUAGGAAAUAUAACCAAUACACCAAAAAAGGAUGGCACUUCCUGUCCAGAUUAUGACGAGAUGACAACAGAGAGAACAUUCGAGCCGCCUAUUGAAGACGUUUUACCCGAUGGAACCGCGAAGGAGGAUACCAGUAGAAGUCAAAAUAAUCUGGUAGAUCUUCUAAGAGAGACGGAUGCUGUAGACGGGCCCACCCUAAAAGAGGAAAAUGAAACGCGAUCUUUGAAGCAGAAAUUAAGAGCAUUGGAGAAAAUCGAUCCUCACGGACAGAUACAUUUCAUGUCACAAGCUAUCCUCUCAAACCGCCAUGAAACCACCUUCAGAUCGAUGCGUCAUGGGGGCGAUGUUGUUGCUGAUGGCGAAAGUCGUGAAGACCCUAUCUACAAUGUUGAUACUGUAGAUGGACCAGUACUCACACAAAAUCUUCACAAGGACUUUCAUGCCGGUGAGAGGUCCAAAAGCAGCGUAAAGCACAAACGUGCACAAACCUUAGGUAGCGAAAAGGAGUCACAUACAGAUAGAGAGGGACUUUGCAAAUCUAGAUAUCCUCUUGAACAUAAGGGUAACCUCUCUCAAUUUCACUCAGGUGACGGAGGAGCAAGACCCAAACAAAGAUCAACAGACAACGCUAAAACCCCCUUACCCUGGCCCAGCAUUAAAUAUCCAAUGUCCGCUGACUCUGACCUCGAAAGAAUAAAUUUGGGCCUAGAUCCUGUUUUUUUGGCACGCCACGUCAAAGAGAGUAGCCCACUGCUUCCGUUUCACAACGGUGGUAACUAUAACUAUGCUUCAUCAGACGGUCUGUGGCAAGAAGACCACGAACUGAAGUACUUCUCACCUAAUGCUUAUCACCAAGUCUUCUAUGGCAAAGAUCAAAAGUCACACGAUAAGGAAGAGUUCAUUCCACGCGAUAAAGCCGAUAGAUAUGAUAAGGUUAUUCCUGUAUAUAACGCCUUAGCGCCUUUAGCGCCACCUAACGGAAAGCAAAAGGAAAGCUGGCAUUUUCCACUCUCAGAGUCCUGUAAAGACACGGUACUGCGAAGUCAAUGCUUUGCCGAGAUGACAAACGAGUCAAAUCCAACAUCGCUGCCAAAAUCUUUUGACGCCAACCGGGAGAAACUCUUCAGUGAGUGUGGAUCGGCAUGUGCGUACAAUGACAUGGAUUCAAUGGCAAAUGACUACUCUAUCGGUCUGGGUGGUGAUGAAUGUGGAAAGUCACCACCAAUAAGCAAGAACGACCAUUCACGGACAGAAAAUUCAUUGAGCUCUAAUCUUAAAUACCUUCAAGAGAUAAUGACCAAGACUAUCCGGCUUAUUGCCUUAAAUGCUACGGGCGCGAGGGAAAAUGAUGCUGCAAAUCAGACAGUCGAAAAGACAGGCAUACGGGAAGAAACGGGCGAUAUGGGAGAAGCAGAAGUAACACAACGACUUCACGAGACGAACACUCCAGGAGAAUCUACCCCAUCAAAUGAAACGACCGUAGAAGCUGAGCGGCAACCCAUGGUAACACCUGUACAAGAGAGUCCACGCCCUGUUUGCAGUCAUUAUCAACGACGAUGCUUGGUCCGAUUUCCCUGCUGUGGAAAGUUCUUCCCUUGCCACCGCUGCCACAACGAGUCAGACUGUAGUGAGGAUCAGGCAAGAGCAGUUAAUGCCACACACAUACGAUGCACUAUCUGCUAUCACGAACAAGAGGUGAAAUUUUUGUUUAUGAUCCUCUGCCUUUGCUUUCAUGUUAAGAUAAGGUAUCUAGAGUGAUAACACCUUACCCUGAUACAGGCUAAUCUCAUAAAAGAACAGCUGAUAGACCCUAAAGUCUCGAACGGAAAAAAGACAUCCUUGAUUCUUUCAUUCUUUUCAGAUCGACGAAAAUGGCCAGAGAUGUGGCGGCUGCAACGCAAUCAUGUCUGAGUAUUUCUGCCCAACAUGUCGCCAUUAUACCUCCGUGGAUAAAAAUCCCUUCCACUGCGAAAAAUGCGGUAUCUGUAGGUAAGAUGAUGCAACGAUUUUUGCAUGACUUAUGGACCUAAAAAAUGAGAAAAAUUAAAAAUUUGGAGGAUCUACAUGAUAUCGUUCUAUCUCCGACUUGAAGAGAUUGGAAGUACAUUUGUUUUAUAUUUGGAAGCAUACUUUGCCAUAUAGUAGCCUUUUAUCCGAGGGGUUGGAAAACAACACCUCUAAUAUCCUACGGAAAUCUGGAUAAGUUUCUGUCAUUUUGACCAGCUUAGGCCGUUUAAUACAACCGGCUACCAAACUUGCUCGAGUAAAAGUAACAAAUUCGACUCCCUUUUGCUAACAUUAAAUACUUUGAUAGAAUCCAUAGAGACAGAUCCUUCCACUGUGAUGUUUGUAACGUAUGCCUGGACAAACGUCUUGAAGGAAAACAUAAGUGUAGGCCUGAUUCAGGACACGAUGAAUGCUGCAUAUGUCUCGAGGUGAUGUAG